AUGACUCUGCUUUCGGCGAAGGCGUUCGGCGCCACCGAAGUGGCCAUCACUGAUGUUAUGGACAGCAGACUGGCGAUCGCAAAGGAAAUCGGAGCUGAUUUGACAAUAAAUGUGAAGGACAAAAGCCCAGAUGAUGUUAUCAGCAUACUGAAAGAUAAAUUCGGAGAACUACCAGAAACAGCUGUCGAAUGUGUUGGUUUUCCAGAAAGCGUCGAACUGUCUAUCAGGGUAAGGCUUUACUCACUUUUUGUAAAUAGUCUCGUUACGUCAACUCUACAUUCUGAUUUUACCGGCCACCAUUUUUUCCGUUUUUAA